CAGAGCGGUACGUGACGGCGCGCAGCAUCCUGGGAUGUGUAGUCUGGCUCUGUCCGGGACGCCCCCUCGGAUGAAUGGGGCCCAGGCUGACUGCGAACUACAGAUCCUCGGCCGGCUGCGUUGGUGGAGGCCGCGGGGGAAGGGGAGCCGGCGGCGGCGCUGCCGAAGGAGAGCAGCGCUGCGGCACGGAGGGAAUGAUCUGUGCCGCGGCGGACGCAGCGGUCCGGCUUCUUGGGGAGGCGGUGUAAAAGAGCGCCGCGCCUCCGCGCUCGCCCUCCGUUCCGCGCUCCGGCCAUGCGCCCGGCCUUCGCGGUGGGCCUGGUGUUCGCAGGCUGCUGCAGUAAUGUGAUCUUCCUAGAGCUCCUGGCCCGGAAGCACCCAGGAUGCGGGAACAUUGUGACAUUUGCACAAUUUUUAUUUAUUGCUGUGGAAGGCUUCCUCUUUGAAGCGGAUUUGGGAAGGAAGCGGCCAGCUAUCCCAAUAAGGUACUAUGCUGUGAUGGUGACCAUGUUCUUCACGGUCAGCGUGGUGAACAACUAUGCCUUGAAUCUCAACAUCGCCAUGCCCCUGCAUAUGAUAUUUAGAUCUGGUUCUCUCAUUGCCAACAUGAUCCUAGGAAUUAUCAUUUUGAAGAAAAGAUACAGCAUUUUCAAAUAUGCCUCCAUUGCCCUGGUGUCUGUGGGGAUAUUUAUCUGCACUUUCAUGUCAGCAAAGCAGGUGACUUCCCAGUCCAGCUCGAGUGAGAAUGAUGGAUUCCAGGCAUUUUUAAGGUGGCUGCUAGGGAUUGGGGCACUGACGUUUGCACUUCUGAUGUCGGCGCGGAUGGGUAUUUUCCAGGAGACCUUAUAUAAACAAUUUGGGAAACAUUCCAAGGAGGCUUUGUUUUAUAAUCAUGCCCUUCCGCUUCCUGGCUUCAUUUUCUUGGCUUCCGACAUUUAUGACCAUGCAGUUCUGUUCAAUAAGUCUGAACUGUAUCAAGUUCCGGUCAUUGGUGUGACAGUGCCCAUCAUGUGGUUCUACCUCCUCAUGAAUGUCAUCACUCAGUACGUGUGUAUCCGGGGCGUCUUCAUUCUCACCACGGAGUGCGCCUCCCUCACCGUCACCCUUGUCGUGACCCUGCGCAAGUUCGUCAGCCUCAUCUUUUCCAUCUUGUACUUCCAGAACCCUUUCACUCUGUGGCACUGGCUGGGUACCUUGUUUGUCUUCAUUGGCACCCUAAUGUACACAGAAGUGUGGAACAACCUAGGGACCACAAAAAGCCAGCUUCAGAAGGACAAGAAGAACUGAGGCCUGCCCGGAGCAGAGACCAGGGUCGUGAUGUGCUAGGGUCCGGUGAGGGCUGGCCGCCCUUCCACGUUCGUCAGCGCUGAGGUGUUGAACCAACCAUGUACCAGAGAAUCCUCAGAAGGAGGGACUUCUCAGAUUUCUUAAGGCUGUACAGACAGUGUCUGUGGACUCCAAAUGGAAACCCCUCAACCAUGAAGUAGAAACAAGAACAGUUCUCUGCUCUUGAACAGCCAGCGCGUUUGUUACUUGUUUACCAAAAUAUUUAGUACUGUUACUUGUUUAUUGAGUUCUGAGUCCCCACAGCUAGGAGUUUUAUAUCCAUGUUCGGUGGUGGUCUCUUGUUGCCAUUCUGAUGAUUCUCUGCCACACAGUCAUUAUCAUCCUGUGGCCUCGUCCCUUUUUUCUGUCACCUUCCCCCCCCCCCACCCCCUGCGGCCCUGUCAGCCAGUCAGAUGCAUCAUCAUCAGGAAACAGCUGAGCUGAGACACCGGUGACACUGGGACUGGGAAAGAAGCAGUUGUCCCUGAGCUGAGCCCUGGUCACACUGGAGCAGGGCUGCGGGAAUCCUUUUCCACAGCUUGCCUUUUUUUUUUUCUUUUUUCCUAUGCAAAAGUCUGUUGCUUUCUCUCCUUAGAACAGACCUUCAGCGUCUCUCUGAGGCACAGUUAAUAAGAAAGAAAGGUUGUGUAUGACUUAGGAGAGACGUUUUCUGGCGUGAAGCCGUGUAGCUCCGAGUGGAGAUGGUGCUGCCGGGUCGGCUGGGAGCGGCUGGCCCUCAGCGGCCCCCAGAGGGCCACAGCUCCGGGCUGGUGCCAGUGGGUGCCUUUCCUGCUGGGAAGGCUGCUUAACCAGAGAGAUUGAGCUCUGCCUGUCGGGCUGACAGAGUCGUGGUCAGUCAGGCUAAGGAGGAGACUAGUACGGGGCGGGGGGGGGGGGGGGUGUAUGAAUCAGGUCCAGUCGCAACGAAAAUGAAGGUUUUUUUUUCCCCUUCUUUCCUAUGAGGUAUCUUAGUGUUCUUGAUGAGUGUUUACAGGUGGUUGGGAGGUAAUGUGUUUCGCUUUGUGUGGAAAUAUGAUGCCUCUUUUGGCUAAUCAUUUCGGAGGUGUGGUCUUUCCUUGCUGGGGUAAUUUUGAGAACAAGGAACAGUAUCAGUAUUGUGUGUGUAGGAGUGUGUGUGUGUGUGUGUGUAGUUUCUGUGAUAAUAUUGGAGGAGAAAAGAACAUAGAAGUCUGUUCUUUUAUUGCCUCAUUUUUCACUCAGUUCCCCCCCCCGCCCCCGCCCCGCCGCCCCAUCAUUAACCUCACAGGAGUACCUGCCUCUUUUGCACACAGAGACCUUCCUUUUGCUUUUGGGCACGGACUGUCUUAAAUUGCGGUGUGGUUCUGCAGAUCUGCUUGGCUCAUGCCGUGGUGUGGCAGGUGUCCGCCGCUGCCUGCCUACAGCUGGUCUCUGAUGGGGUCUGAGAUAAGUCCCAGAGCCUUUGGGGGAGUAACUUAAGCCGCCUCAUUGUCGUCUGCACGUUAAUCACGGGUUUUCAGACUCAUUUGUUGCUCUAGACGUGGGCAGCUUUCCAGUGCUGAUCACUGGUCUGCCCUAAAAGAUGCUGAAUUUGACGUGAACCCAUUCAUGGAAUCAAAAGGCAUUUUCUUUGAAAUAUGUAGAGUUCUUCAGACUGAUGGUGCUAUAAGUAGCAUGUGUUAAAUAUCCUCUUAAAAACAAAAGCUAUUUUUUUUUAAAUCACUUCAUAGAAGAACGUAUCCCUAGGGUCUGUUGGAUUGCUGUGUAUCUGGAGUCUUAACAGGCUGUCCUAACUCAGUGUCAUCCUUUUUAUGUUAAUGAAAAUUUUUAGGAAUUGAAAUGCUUUGGUGCACACAGACAGCAUUUAACUGAGUCUAUUAGAUUUUAGAUUCUGGUUUUAGAAAGUACACAUUCCUCAGUCUGAACACCUCUGCUGGUUUUAUUAACAAGAGGUUAUAUAUGGACAGAUUAUGGCACUUAAGCAAAAAAUGAACGUGUGUAAGAACAGAAUGUCUGAAAUGCUCUGAGUUGAUUUUCACUCUAGUGGCCAGAUGUAAGAAAAUAUGUCUAAUGGACACUAGAACUUUCAUUAACAACUUGUUUCUGGACCAUUUAUUUCCAGAAGAUAACUGCUUUUUCAAUCCAGGUUGAAACUAAUUUCAGCUUUUAUGAAAUAGGCAAAUAAACCAUUUUGUAAAGGACCAGACCCAUGCAACAGAAGGAGAAGUGUCUAUUAAAAUGCUUUUCCUCUUUCUCUGGGUCAAAACUAUGUAACUGUGUACCUCAGAGAUAGAGUUUGUUUACAAAAGAGAUUGGUGUUUAAUAAGACAGCCAAAACUCUACCCUUAGAGCAAAGAUCAGAUAGCAGAUGGCACUAGCCAGAAAGUAUACUGUGUGUGUGUGUGUGUACAUGUGUACACAUACCUGUGUACCCACUUAACAGCUUAACCAGUGCCAUAGAUAAAUAGGAGAAAGCGGUGGAUAUUUUAGUUAUAUUAAUGUAAUACCUACAUAGCCUUUACCACAAUUCUGUCCUCUCAUUAUAAAUGCUUUUUCAUUUUUUGACUUUUUUCUUGAUCUUUUAAUUUUCCUUUCCAUCUAAAACAAUCAUUAAUGUACUUGGUAACUGUCUAUCAAGUUUUAAAGUAUUUAGACACAAUCUGUUCUUCUGGGAAGAUUACAUGACAUUUUUAAAGCAUUCAGGUCACUUCUUGAGCACCCGUCCCCCCUUCUGGCUUAUUUUGUUUCCCUCCCGAGCCCCAACCUCCAGUGUCCUCACCGCACUUCCUGUUCACUUGUGUAGGUUUCCACUGAAAAAUUGGAUAGUUUCCCACACCUGUAAUCUUGUAUCUGUUUAUGCCUCGAUUCUCUGGGGCCUCUCAGAUGUUUUUGUGGGUUUUUACAAGGUAUUUAUAUCUGUGUAGCAUGUAUUUUGUUAGACAUUGUUGUAAGUAUUGAUACUUGGCAUGUUAAGAUCUGGCCCAUAAGUAUGAACACGAGGGUGAAUGUAAAAA